AUGGACGACCAAAAACCGACAACAACUGCUGCUAAUGAGGCAUCAUCAAUGAUUGCUACCAAUAGUACUGCUCUCCUGCCCACCCAUCUUCAUCAAGUUCUACAAAAUUUUCUGCUUAUCUGGCUUGAUGCCAAUAUUGACGAAACCCAGGAAGAUUUCAAGAAAUCGAUACAACAUUUACGGCAUGUUGUGAGAACAAUCAGGACAUUUACAGACGCUCAAGAAUGUGUCACUUUUCUCAGUAAAAUCAAAGAAGAAAAAGCAUUUAUGAUUGUGUCUGGCUCGUUGGGACAACAAAUAAUACCAGAUAUUCAAGCAUGGCCACAAUUGGAUUCCGUGUAUGUGCUUUGUGACAAUAAAUCUGUUCAUGAACAAUGGGUCAAAAAAAUACCUAAGAUAAAAGAUGUGUACACACAAAUUGAAGAGAUUUGUGAAGCAUUAAAAGUUGCUUGUGAGCAUUGUGACCGAGCUAUGAUCUCAAUCAGUUUUAAUGGCAUCGAUCCGUUAUUUAUGUAUACGCAACUGUUAAAAGAAAUACUUUUGGAAAUCGAAUAUGACGAUACAAAAUCUAUUAAAGAACUCGUUGAUUACUGUCGACUUCAAGAUAAUAUCACAGAAGGCGGAAUUGAUGAAGUUGAGCAUAAAUAUCGCCACCAUACACCGAUUUGGUGGUACACAGCUCCAUAUUUUAUAUACUCAAUGCUCAAUCGCGGUCUUCGGUUGAUGGAAGUCGACAUUAUACUCAAAAUGGGCUUCUUUAUUAGACAUUUACAUCAACAUAUUGAAACCUUGUAUCGUGAACAACAAUCCACCAGUACCACGGCUACUGGCACAUUUCAAGUUUUUCGAGGUCAAGGUUUAUCACUCGAAGAUUUUGAAAAAUUGAAAAAAACAAAAAGUGGACUUAUGUCUUUCAACAAUUUUCUUUCAACAAGUCGUAAUCGCAAUGUCUCCCUUCAAGAUUUUGCACUGCCAGCACUCCAAGAUACCAAUUCAGUUGCCAUACUCUUCGUUAUGAUCAUUGAUCCAACACUAUGUUCAACAUCAUCGAUUCCAUUUGUCGACAUAAAAGAAGAGAGCUACUUCGAAGAUCGAGAAGAAGAAAUUCUUUUCUCAACGCACACAAUUUUUCGUAUCGAUCGUAUUGAACCCAUCAAAGAUUAUCAAACUGAUCGGCUAUGGCAAGUCAAUCUCACCCUUACGGGUAACGACAAUCAUGAUCUUAACGCACUCACAGUACACAUGCGCAAAGAGCUCAAUGCGAAAGCAACACGAGGAUGGUCUAGACUAGGUUUCAUACUUAUUAAAAUUGGUACGCCGUCAAAAGCAGAACAACUCUAUCAGAUCCUUCUUGAAAAAUCAUCGUCCAAUGGAGAUCGAGCAUAUUACAGUCUUCUACUUGGCUCAGUGUAUGAUGACAUGGGCGAAUAUUCGAAAGCACUUUCAUAUUACGAACAAGCCCUGGAAAUUCAAAAAGUAGUUCUCCCUCCGAAUCAUCCCGAUUUGGCUCUUUCCUACAGCAACAUCGGUUCGGUAUAUGCUAACAUGGGCAAGUACUCAGAAGCACUUUCAUAUUACCAAACAGAUCUGAAGAUCAGCCAAAAGACUCUUUCUCCGAUUCAUCCCAACUUGGCUAUUUCUUACCAUAACAUGGGUAAUGUGUAUGCUAUUAUGGGCGAGUACUCGAAAGCAAUUUCAUCAUACGAACAAGCCAUUGCUAUCGAUAAAAAAAGUCUUCCUCCAGAUCAUCCUGACAUGGCUACAUCCUACAUGAACAUCGGUGCAGUGCAUGAUAGAAUGGGCGAAUACUCGAAAGCACUUUCAUUCCACGAAGAGUCACUUGAAAUCAAGAAAAAAACUCUUCCUCCGUAUCACUCCGACUUGGCAUCCUCCUACAAUAAUGUCGCUGUAGUGUAUUUUAACAUGGGCGAGUACUCGAAAGCACUUUCAUACUACGAAAAAGAUCUGGAGAUCAACCAAAAGAAUCUCUCUCCAACACAUUCGCAUAUUUUAGAAUUGAAAAGAUACAUUGAGAUGGCGAAAAAAAGAUUGCAGUGA